UUUCUCAAGCUGCGCUUAAUGCGGCCCCAACUGCCGAGACGUUCAGUUCGAUCGAUCGUUAAAAUCGCGUAAUAUUACGGGACAGUGUCGCCAUGCCCCAGUCAAGCUUCUUUGCCAAGAGCGUGCCCUUCGAGCAGAUCGACAAGCUGGCCAUCAGUGGCGGCUACUCCUCGAUCUAUGCCACCCAGGAGCCGGCAGUGCCAGUGGUGGGCCACUGGGAGCAUCGCUUCUGCCGCCUGGCGGACACCUUCCAGCCUGUGCUCGAUCGUGUCCAUGAGUUUGAGGUUCGGGAGGACGAUGUGUGGAUUGUGACGCUGCCGAAGUGCGGCACCACAUGGAUGCAGGAGCUCACCUGGCUGGUGAUGAACGACUGCGACUUUGAGACGGCCAAAAGCGUGGAUCUGACGCUGCGAUCCCCCUUCUUGGAGUUCAAUGGUGUUGUGCCCAAUGUGCCGCACGACACAAUCGAGGCAGCCAAUGCCAUGCAGUCGCCGCGUCUCAUCAAGUCCCACCUGCCAGCCUGGCUGCUGCCCCGCCAAAUCUGGACGAAGAGGCCGAAGAUCAUCUACGUGUACCGCAACCCCAAGGAUGCGGCCAUCUCGUACUUCCAUCACUGGCGCGGCAUGGUCGGCUACCAGGGCACCAAGUCCGACUUUAUGCACUCCUUCAUCGACGGCUACGUGAACUUCACGCCCUGCUGGCCCCACGUCCUCGACUUCUGGCAGCUUCGCCACGAGCCCCACAUCUUCUUCACCAGCUACGAGCGCAUGAAGGCCCAGCUGGGCGACGUGAUCCGUGAGGUGGCGCAGUUCCUGCAACGACCGGUCAGCGGGGAGCAGGUAAAGCAGAUGUCCCAGCACCUGUCCUUCGAGAGCAUGCGCGACAAUCCCGCCUGUAAUCAUGUGAAGGAGUUUGAGAGCAUGAAAGCUGCCGCUGGCCGUCAGGUGGAGGAAUUCAGCUCCUCUGCCCACAGAUUCGUACGUCGGGGCGUCGUUGGCAGCCACAAGGAUGAGCUCACCGCUGACAUCAUACGGGAGUUUGAUCUCUGGUCGGACAUCAAUCUGCGCGACUACAAAUUGAACAUGGAUGACUUUGCCAACUACAGCAAGUUCGCAUCGUCGCUGUAAUUACCGAGUUAAUCUUUUCGCUGUAAUCUAUUAUUGUAUAGCCUCUUUUAAUAGUCUGUAAGCUGUGGUGAUAUAUGUAUGUAUGUUCUUAUAAAUGAUGGCAUACUACCCGCUA